AUGUCUUCCUCACAGGCUCCACUGACUUUCAAGGAUGUGGCUAUAAACUUUUCAAAGGAGGAGUGGGAAUGUCUGGACUCUGCUCAGAGGACUUUGUACAGAAAUGUCAUGCUGGAGACCUACAACAACCUGGUUUCUGUGGGCAUUUUUGUUUCAAAAGCAGAUUUGUUAACAUGUCUUGAACAAAACAAAGAACCCUGGAUUGAUGAUAAAGAGGACAUAGAAGAAAAAGAACAAGGGAACAUGAGACAUUGCCGGCAUUUUGGGGUAGAGUCCACUCAGCAGCCAACUGCGAGCUCUGCACUUACUGAGCUCUUGAUUCGCAGACUCUAUGCCUGCUGGAGACGUCCAUUUUGCAACGAGACCCUGUCUACUUCUAUUGUCCAGCAGGUAUUAACAUUAAGAAAAGCACAACUGCAGGACAGAGGCUCAAACCAUGUCCCUGGUUUCCAGAAAUUGUAG